AUGAGUAACCAAGACUCAACUAGUGCUACGGAUCAGGGCAUCAAGAAUGAUAUAAUUACCGCCAGUAUGGAUGAUAUCCCAGGUACACUACACAACCAGGCAUCAGUUCUUGAAGAAGGAAUACAAGACGACAACGCAGUCACAAGCGAGAAUGCCAACAACAACGAUGGUGAUGAUGGUGGUGAUGACGUCGACGAUGACGAUGACGAUGACGAUGACGAAGAAGAGCAAGGCGAAGGUGGAAGUGAACGGACUAGACCCUACAAACGGAUUCUUCUACAGCGAUUCACUGUUUACAAUUCAUCAUCAACCAUGUACAUUGUUGGCUCCAAUGCCAAAGAGUCAUUGUAUCGUAUCUUGGAAAUAUCAAAGGACGUUGAAGAUGAACAGCUGCUUUCAAUUAUCGAGGACAAGAGUUACUUUUACACUCGUAAAGACAUGAUUGAGUUACUCAAUGGGCUAAAUGAUUCAGUAGAAGGUGGAUUACAUAAGCUAGCGCAAGGGUUUGGACUACUAGGAUUAGUCAGAUUUACCAAGGGGUACUAUUUGAAUUUAAUCACCAAAUGUUCCCAAGUGGCGAUACUCGGAGGCCAUUUCAUUUAUCACAUUGAUGAAACAAAAUUGAUCCCAUUGGGUACAAAUUACAAACGGCCCGAAAAGUACAGUGAUGAGGAAAAACUCCUUUCAUUGUAUCGGUACAUGGACUUGAGCAAGACUUUUUACUUUAGUUACAACUAUGACAUCACAAACCUGAUGCAAACGAAUUUCAUGCGACACAAGUUGCACAACGUCUGUGGUGAUAAAAAUGCCAAAAUUCAGAAUAAACUAUACGCCAAUUUUGAUUGCGAUGAACGAUUUGUUUGGAAUAAUUUGCUUUUGAAACCCGUAUUAGAAAGUGAAGAAGUUGCCACAUUUGAGUGGUUUCAACCAGUUGUCCAUGGUUUCAUUGACCAGGCCAACAUCUCUAUAUACGGAAGGAAGUUCUACAUCACCAUCAUCGCACGACGGUCCCAUCAUUUCGCAGGCACUCGAUUCUUGAAAAGAGGCAUUGAUGACAAGGGCAAUGUGGCCAAUGAAAUUGAAACUGAACAAAUUGUUAGUGACAUGUUGACAUCAAGUUUCCAUGAUCCGAAAUACGGAAUGUAUAGCAAUCCAAGGUACACCAGUUUUGUCCAGCAUCGAGGAUCGAUUCCGUUGUUUUGGACGCAAGAUAUGAAUAAAUUACCCAAACCGCCGAUCCAAGUCAACUUACCUGAUCCGUUCUACCAGAGCUCAGCAUUGCACUUUGAUAAUCUUUUUUAUAGGUAUGGAUCACCUAUAAUCAUUCUAAAUUUAAUCAAGCAGAAGGAAAAGCAACCAAGAGAACUGAGAUUAAACGUUCAAUAUAUAAAUUGUGUCAACUACCUCAAUCAGUUCUUACCGGAACAAAACCAACUACGAUACAAGUCAUUUGAUAUGUCGAAAAAUUCCAAAAAGAAUAUGGAUGUGAUUACCCCAUUGCAGAAUAUUGCCCAUGGGGCCAUCAAUCAGAUUGGAAUAUUCCACAAUGGGACCACAAUAAAUUCCACACGAUUACAAAAGGGGGUCAUUCGAACAAAUUGUAUCGAUUGCUUAGACCGAACUAAUGCGGCGCAGUUUAUUAUUUGUAAAGAAGCCCUCACUAUACAAUUGAGAAGUUUGCAGUUGAUAUCUGAGGGGAAGACGUUGGAUUACGAGUCUGAUUUGAUCAACAUCUUGACUGAGAUAUUCCACGAUCAUGGAGAUACGAUAGCGAUACAAUAUGGUGGCUCGAAUUUGGUAAACACAAUGGACUCGUACCGACGAAUUAAUCAGUGGUCGUCCCAUACGAGGGACAUGUUGAACAGUAUCAAGCGUAUGUAUUCCAAUUCGUUUAUGGACUCUAUACGACAAGAGGCUAUAAAUUUGUUUUUGGGUAAUUAUACAUAUUCCUUGGAUAAACCCAAGUUGUGGGAGUUGAGCAAUGAUUUUGGAUUGCAUUUUGAUUUCGAUUUGGAGAUGAAGGGUAAAAGAAGUUAUACGCAUUGGUUCGAUAGAGACAAUUUGCGAAAUGAGCGUUUUGAAAUCAAGGUGGACGAGGGAAAGGGUAAGAACUUGAAUAGAAAAGAAGGAGUUGAUCACCGACUGGAUUCUGGCGAUAAGUGGUACAAUGAAUUGUAUGUGCCUCGAAAGUAUCAAUCAUUAACGGAGUUGUUUCAGUUCAACAUGAAUUCUAACUCGCGGUAUUUCCCUCUGGUACUGCUGUUGCAGCACCAACAGGUACAACCGCAACCACAAAUGAAUCUGAGACAGAUGCUGAAGCAGAAACUGCAACUGCAACUGCAACUGCAACAACAAUUGCAGCUGGGGAUUCAACUGCAAGUUAAACAGUCAACUGCUGAGGACCUAUCGAUCCAGUUUGACUAUAGCCCAUUUGAAAGUCGUAAAUCCAAACAUUCAGACAAAGCUGUUGGUGGUGAAGAGAUUUCAUAUUUAGAGCAUCACUUGAACACGGAAAACGUGGAUGGAGGUUCAGAAAAUGGUGCAAAACAAGUGAGACGCAGCGCCAGUGGUAAAUACAAUCCCAAGAAUAUCAAAACGUUUCUUGCUUCAAAGAUUACUGCAAGACAGAGUGCCAAAAAGAAAAGUCAGAGUGGAAACCACGCACACAAUGUCAAUUCACCGGUGAGCGAUAAGAAAGAUGGAGGUAGAUAUGAUGAUGAUGAUAAUAAUGAUGACGAAAAGACAUUGGUUUCGCCUAUUGAACCGAAAGUUGAUGAUUCUGAUGCGAAAUUGUAUCAAGCACAAUUCGAUUUAUCUAAAUUGACAAAGACAUUGCCCAUUUACAAUUACGCCAGUUAUUGCUCGUACAAAUCAACAAGGUUGAAGCCACUGUUUCAGGAUCAAGAAAUAUAUAAGUCGUCCUGUCGGGAAAAUUUGGAUUCUACCGGUGACGGCGGCGGUGACGGUGGCGGUGCAAGUGCAAGUGCAGGUGGUAGGUUGUUGCACAAUUUGGAUAAUCGGUCCCUUAGAAGCUCGUUUGUUGAUAUGGUCAACACACAGGAUUUGAAGACGUAUUUGCAGUAUAUAAAUGAUGAAGAGAAGUUGUUGGAGUUGGAGACAGAUCAUAAUUAUAUAUAA